AUGAUGUUUCUUCAGUGUUCCCCACUCGCACUCCGUCCACUCAGGGUCACACAGGACAUGCUGUGUCUCUAGGUCUCCAACCACCACAAGAAACUCUAGGGCUGUUGGUUGUUUCUUAUAGGAAGGUAGUCACACAUAGGCACAUCCCAGCUGUGUGUGGACCUUUACCUUUCACCCUCCAGCUCCAGCAAAAUCAGUGGAUAAAUGGCAGGCAAAAAGCGAGAAAUCCAGUUACAGGCAGUCAUCAAUAAUCAAAGCCUAUGGGAUGAGAUGCUGCAGAACAAAGGCCUAACAGUGAUCGAUGUUUACCAAGCCUGGUGUGGACCUUGCAAAGCAAUGCAAACUUUAUUCAGAAAAUUGAAAAAUGAGCUGAACGAAGAUGAAAUUCUGCAUUUUGUUGUAGCUGAAGCUGACAGCAUUGUGACUUUGCAGCCAUUUAGAGAUAAUUGUGAACCUAUUUUUCUUUUUAGUGUUAAUGGCAAAAUUGUUGCAAAGAUUGAGGGUGCAAAUGCACCUCUUGUUAGUAAAAAAAUUAUUAGUUUGAUCAAUGAGGAGAAGAAAAUUGCAGCAGGUGAAAUGGUUCGCCCUCAGUAUAAUGAAAUUGCAUUUGUAGACCCAGAUACAGAAGAUGCUGGGGAAGUAUUCAAUAAAAAUGUUGACAAACUAUACAGUAUUGCUAUUAUCAAACCCGAGGCUGUGAUUACUGGAAAAACUAUAGAAAUUAAAGAAAAAAUCAUCAAUAAAGGAUUUGUCAUAGAAGCAGAAGAUAAGAGAGUACUCACUGAAAAGCAAGUGAGGAACUUCUAUAGCCAAUUAGCAGACCAGCCUGACUUUGAAGAUUUUGUUUCUUCAAUGACAAAUAGCCUAAGCUAUAUUCUAGUUGUAUCUCAAGGCAAUGAACAAGAACUUCUCUGGGAAGAAACUGUAUUUAAUCCUCAGAUCGAAACUGAAGAACCAUCUGAAGAUCAACAUGAAAUGGCCACACCUACAGUAAUGAAGAAGUGGGACAGUUUACAAGAAUAUCUGGAAAGACAAAAUAUAUCUCAGUUUUGUGAUGUUGAAGAGAAUAUAGAUAAUGUUAAUAAGUUUAUUGAUAUAUUCUUCCCUGAUUUCAAAAGUAUGACAUUCAAAAAAUUAGAAAGGAUACUGGCAUUACUCAGACCAGACCUCUUUCAAGAAAAGAAAGAGGAUGUUUUGAAUAUUAUUCAAGAUGAAGGAUUUAAAAUACUAAUGCAAAGACAAAUAGUAUUAUCAGAAGAAGAGGCACAAACACUGUGCAAAGAAUAUGAAACUGAAGAUUAUUUUCAAAAUCUUAUAGAAAAGAUGACAAGUGGUCCAUCUCUAGCUCUUGUUUUAUUAAGAGAAAAUUGUUUACAAUACUGGAAAGGGUUAAUUGGACCAGGCACUGUUGAAGAAGCCAAAGAAUGUCUUCCUGAGAGUUUAUGCAUACAAUUUGCAAUGGGAAGUUUGCCUGUCAACCAGUUGUAUGGAAGUGAUUCGUUAGAAGCUGCUGAAAGGGAAAUACAGUAUUUCUUUCCUCCUCAAAACACUUUAGCACUGAUUAAACCUCAUGCAACACAAGAACAAAGAGAGGAGAUCUUCAACCUUAUUAAAGAGGCUGGAUUUGACAUAACACACAUGAAGGAAAUACUGCUAAACAAAGAACAAGCUGACAAAAUUUAUUUUAAAAUAACACAUAAAGACUUUUAUAAAGAUCUACUGGAAGUGUUGUCUGAGGGUCCAUCUUUGGUCAUGAUUCUGAACAAGUGGAAUGCUGUUUCAGACUGGAGAAGAUUGAUGGGUCCCACAGACCCAAAUGAAGCAAAGCUAUUGUCCCCAGACUGUAUUAGAGCCAAAUUUGGAAUAAAUGUUUUGAGAAAUAUUGUCCAUGGAUCAUCUAAUGCUUCUGAGGCAAUGGAGACAAUUAAUAGAAUAUUUGAAGACUUUGUUCCUGGGAAUCCUGAGGAAAACUAAAGGCAGUCUCACAAAUGUACACAUGUAUGGCUCUGGAUGCUGACUUGAAUAUGAUCAUACAAAAUGCUC